GUCUUUGGACAAUGCCAUUCUGAUUGCCAGGCUGUUAUUUCAUACUUUCAAGUGCUGGGGAGGGCUGCAUCUGGAUCGUCCAUUUAUUAUCUCAAGAGAGAAUCCAGCCGCUUCUAACUCUGAAGGCCAAUUCCUCAGGACCUUGGUAAAACUCCCAGAUCACGUAGGUGAAAUCUGGGAACCUAGAGAGUCACCUCAGAUACUGAAAACUGUCAUGGCCGAACCAGAUUACAUAGACGAAGACAAUCCUGAACUAAUUAAGCCUCAGAAACUAAUUAAUCCUGUAAAAACAUCUCGGAAUCAUCAAGAUCUUCAUCGAGAACUCCGUAUGAAUCAGAAAAGGGGUCUCGCUCCUCAGAACAAACCAGAGCUACAAAAAGUGAUGGAGAGACGAAAAAGAGACCAGGUUUUCAAGCAGAAAGAAGAGGAGGCCCAGAAGAAGAAGUCAGACUUGGAAAUAGAGCUUCUCAAGCGACAACAGAAAUUGGAACAACUCGAACUUGACAAGCAGAAAAUCCAGGAGGAACAAGAAAACGCCCCCGAGUUUGUCAAGGUGAAAGGCAACUUGAGAAGAACGGCCCAGGAAUCCUCAGAAGCUCCAGACUCCUAGAGGAGGAACUUCUUUAAGACUUGAAGCUGCAGCUCCGGUGGGCGGUGGGGAAGUGACUUCUGCAAGACGUCCUGCACCCAUUCAUCCCCCGGAGCUGAUGAAAAACAUGGUCAAUACAAGGUCAAUUUCUGGAUCCUGUGUGAAUUGAUGACUGCGUAGAAGUCAAAACCUGCCAGUAAUAAUACGGAGAUCAGAGGAUAAACAAGCAACCAGCUUUUCCCUAUCAAAAAUAAGAUGGAGAACCUACUUGAGUAGCUGGGCUGCUUACUCACUCCUGAUCAUGCUUAAGUGAGCAUCUCAGGCUAGUAUGUCUGCAUUAUUUUUUCCCCCUUCCUCAUUCCUACUUUGUGGAAUUCUGCUAUGCAGGAAAAAAAACAAAGUGCUUUUUGAGACCACUUUUGAGUGACGGUCUGUGUGGAAAACGUGGCUUCAGGAAUGGAGCUGUCCAUCCAGAUCUUUUGUGUAAAUAGAAAGUCCUUUAGACUUGAAGCUGGAUUUCCCCCCAUCUAUCUCUAGUGGGCAGGUGGGCCACCACAGCUCUGAGGAAGAAAGGAAGGAAGAAAGAGAGAGAAAUGCAAUAUUCUGUCAUUAGAUGGCUAAUAUACUUUUUUUUUAAUCAUUUCUGCAGUUGAAAGGAAAGGGAUAUUUGCAAUGUUUGCAAUGCAACACUCACAGGUUGACUAAACUCUCUUUUUCCCCCUCUCUCCACCCAACCUUGAUAAGCAACAUUUUACUUUAUCAUUGAUUCUUCUGACAAAUGCCAAGGGUUGCUAGAGCUACAUUGCAGUUGAUGUUUAUUUUGAUCAGGGUUUCCAAAAACCAUACAGCUGGGUUUCUGAUUCUCAACUGUAUUGCUUUGGACCCCAAACAUUUUAUGGGACAGCCUGAGAAUCUCUGGGUCAGAGAAGGAAGCAACAACCCCUAAAAAUACUUCUGUGCACCAUUUUUCAUCUCCUGUGCAGAUUUGCUACUUUUUUUUUUUAAGAUUAACGAAACCAGGCAAGUGUGGAAUAAUAUUUUAGAACUUGACCAGGGACUGGGAUUUUUUUUAAAAAAACAAACAAACAAACAUGAAAUUAUCUUUAUUUUCUUUCUUCUCCAUGAAAUCCAGUUACAUUUCCACCUGGAAGUAAACCCGUUAAUGCCAGAGGAACUUACUUUUUGACAAGUGGAAAUAAGAUUGUAGAUUAAGUUAUCGGUAUUUUUUUAAAUUGUCCGCCAUCCGAUUCUUGUCUCAUUCCUGUUUUCAACUAGUUAGAAUUCUAACAAGAGACCAGGACAAAACAAUGGAUUUUCAGGAAAAAUCUUAGGGUGGGACUUUCCUUCAACAGUCCUAAGCUUCAAUUCGUCCAGUUGCAUCUCCAAUAGAGAAGUAAAAAAAAAUCAAUAUGGCAGCCGUGACCAUGUGACCAAAGCCCCUCCCCUUUCUGCAUGGGACCAAAGAAGCAUGGCUUUGAUCACAUCGUUUCAGCCGCCAUCUUGAUUUUUUUUUAAAUUCCCCCACAGACAAUCCUGAACUGGCCCAGUGUUCCUGACUAGAUUCAGCCAUCUUUUUAAAUGACCUCUUGAUAGUUGAUCCUUUAUAAUAAUUCAGAGAGCAAGCCAUCGUUUCCUAUGGAUUUUUUUUUCUCGUAACUUCAGGAAAUCCAGCUACUUACUCUGCUGGCUGAAUUUUGUGUGUGGUGGGGUUAAUGGGAUUUUAGUCCAGUCCAUCAGAAAAACUUAAUUUGGGAAUGCUUAGCCUGUUAUAUCAUCCGUGUCACGUGAAUUCAAGGUGGCAUUUUAUUUUAUUGUUUUAAACCUUAGUUUCAGAAAACCACUGAACCUUGGACCCAUGCAUUGUGGAAGCAAAGCUAACUUGGAUAGGGAGAACUUCUGAUGAGCAGGGUAGCCUAAUCUUAAUUUUAGUUCAUUUCUGUGAGUGCUUGUCACAUCGGUGUGAUAUUUCUUGCACUUGUUCGUUGAGGUAUAUGAAUGGCUGUCAACCCUCCGAGCUAGUUUUUAGUAGUGAUCACAAUAGGUAGGUAGAAAAUUAGCAGUACAAAUUCCCAUUCAAUAACUACCUAAAUAGGGUCAGGUCCAUUUCAUCCUUUUUCAGUUACAUCCAAGCAAAAUCCUUGACAGAGUUUAUAUUAGUUGACAUCUCGAAUAAGUGACGUAUUUAGUCCUUGCUGAAGGCAUUAGAACUGUAUAAAACUGAUUCAGCCCCAUUUCUUGGGACUGACCACAAGCAAUUUUCCUUUGGUGUGAAGUUCCCAAUCUGUCAGGAUCCCAGAUUUUUGCAAAUAAAAUCACAUCCCUCCCAGCCAAUAAGAAAAAGGUUUCUGGGAGAUUUAAUUUGCUUCUAAUUUAAAUCCUGAGACAAGUUACUGACUUGGAUUAAUAGGUUUGUGUCUUUUAGAAUGACACACACAAAGGGCUUGAUAGAAUAUAUAUAUAUUGGUAGAUUGUUUUGCCACAUGAAGGGGAAAUGGGAGAGCUUGAUUUUUGUGAAGGUGAGUUUCACUUGCCACACCCAUAGGUGACAAUUCCAGCUUUAAUUUCUUCUUUGGGGACCACGGACGAUUAGAUUAUACACUGCUAACCACUAACAUUCCCCUUCUCUGCAUUAAUUUGGUCACUGCAGGAAGGCUUUGGAGGUGGUGGGAAUACUCUGGGGAAAGGACUUGCCUUAAUAGAUCUUAUCCACUCCUGUGUCUUUCUAAGCUAUGUCAUUUAAUUCAUCCCUUAAAAGUUUUAGAGAUUCCAAUUCCAUAACCACUUCCUGGCUCAGUGGGUAUCAAAGAAUUCACUGCACUUGGUAUCACAAUCCCCAAUGAAUUUUUGACCCCUACUCCUUUGCAUAUCAUAGUCUUCUUCAACUUCAUUGAAACCGGACCAUCUGAAUGAACAAAUGAACAUAAAUCUGCUCCUGGUUUAGUGACAAAUGAAAUCAAUUGGAUUUUUUAAAAAAGUUUCCUAAAACAAUGGAAAAACAAAUUUUGCAGAACACUGUGCACAACAGAUGUUGGGAAAUAGUGUUCCUCUAGUACAGGGGUAGGCAGCCUUGGCUCUUUUAUGACUCGUGGACUUCAACUCCCAGAAUUCCUGAUCCAGCAUGGCUCAGCUUGGAAACCUCUCCCUUUUCCCUCAGCGUGGCUGGCUCAGGAAUUCUGGGAGUUGAAGUCCACGAGUCAUAAAAGAACCAAGGUUGCCUACCCCUGCUCUACUAGAAUGUAACUAAUAUUUUGGGUCAUCGAAGUACUCUGCAAGAUUUUUUUUUUAUUUCUGUUUUGCAUAGGAAUCCACAAUUUUGUUUCGAGUCAGUGGGACAACACCAGAGCCCAUCAGUGUAACAUCAGGUCAGCUUUUAACAAACACCUUGGCGUUGUUCAGCUCUCUUUAUUAGCAGGGAGCAAUCAAGAUUGUGAUUAUAACUGAUACCAUUAUACCAUUUUUCAGAAGUGUACCUGAAUAUCUUCCGCUGACCUAUUUUAAUUUAAAAGUGAUAGUGUCUCCUUCUAGAAAUCUUUGUCUUUUUAAACGACCAAUGCUUUUUAAAAGAGUUUUUAGCUGGUUAAGGUGGCAAAUUAGUGUUGCCUCCCAAUUCUUUAGGUUAGGCCAUUCCUUCAUGUCUUUACUUGUUUCCUGGUGUACAUGUAUAAAUAUUAAAAAGGGAGCCUUAAGGGGAUUGGUUUUCAUAAUUUAAUAUUUUUUGUAUUUUGCUCUUGCCUACUUGUUUUUAACGAAGUGUUACGAAAAUGAGGGUGGAAUUCUUAGAACCAAAGUUACUACUUAAUAAAAAGGUAUUACAUGCUUGGAAUAUG